UAUGGACAGUAACAGUGGAGAAACACAUCAGAGAUCGCUCUAGACUCACGGGGGCCUCCACGUUCUGCCUGGUGAGCAGCUUCCACUGCAGAUUGGAUCCCUCUUCAAAGCAAAAGUAAUGGCGUUUUAUCCACUGCAAAUCGCCGGCCUGGUUCUUGGCUUCCUGGGCAUGGUCGGGACUCUGGCUACCACUCUUCUGCCUCAGUGGAGAGUAUCAGCUUUUAUUGGCAGCAACAUUAUUGUCUUUGAAAGGAUCUGGGAAGGGCUCUGGAUGAACUGUGUCCGACAAGCCAAGGCCAGGUUGCAGUGCAAGUUCUACAGUUCUAUGCUGGCUCUGUCCCCUGCCCUGGAAGCAGCCCGGGCCCUCAUGUGUGUGGCUGUUGCUCUGUCUUUGAUUGCUCUGAUUAUUGGCAUCUGUGGCAUGAAGAAGAUUCAGUGCACAGGUUCUAAUGAGAGGGCCAAAGCCUACCUUCUGGGGACUUCUGGAGUCCUCUUCAUCCUGACGGGCAUCUUCGUUCUGAUUCCAGUGUGCUGGACAGCCAAUAUCAUCAUCAGGGACUUCUACAACCCAGCCGUCCAUGUAGGUCAGAAACGAGAGCUGGGAGCAGCGCUAUUCCUUGGCUGGGCAAGUGUUGCUGUCCUCUUCAUCGCAGGAGGUCUGCUCUGUGGGUUCUGCUGUUGCAACAGAAAGAAGCAAAGGGACGGAUAUCCAGCCCCGAGGCCUAGCAUGCCACGCACAGAUGAGAGACGUCGGAACAUGACAAGGCAGAGUGAGACCCCCACCAGUUACGUCUGAUAUCUACUUUUGGCUCAAACUGUAGAUAGUGAACAAUGUGUCUUAAAGAGUCGUGUCAGAAACUGUAAG